AUGCUAUUGACUAUCUUCUCAGCCUCAAACCUAAUUAUCACGCUACUCGUAACGUUACGAGUCAAUGCCUCUAUUGUUGUGAAUGGGAAUUCGUACUCGGUCGAUAGAAUCCUCACCCGAGACUUUGCUAUUAUAGGAGGAGGGUCCACAGGAACAUAUUCGGCCAUCCGUCUCAAAGAUUUGGGAAAUACCGUAGUGGUGAUUGAAGGGAAGGAUCGACUUGGAGGACAUACCGAAACGUACCAUGAUCCUAAGACCGGAGGAACCAUCGAUAUUGGGGUUGUAGUCUACCACGAUCUCGACAUUGUCAGGACUUACUUCGCUCGAUUAAACGUGUCGCUGAUCACAAGUUCCUUUGCCAGCACUGAUUCGCAAUACAUGGAUUUUCAAACCGGGAAGCUCGUCCCGGAUUACAGUCCUGCUGACCCAACAGCAGCUUUGGGGAUCUAUGCCGAGCAGCUUGCAAAAUAUCCCUAUGUAGAGUUAGGGUUUGAUCUCCCGUACCCCGUACCGGAUGACUUGCUCAUGCUCUUUGGAGACUUUGUGCUUAAAUACGGUCUGCAAGACCUGGUGGGGUUUUUGGGGGGUUUUGCCCAAGGACUUGGCGACAUUCUGAAGCAGCCAACACUAUACAUUUUUAAGAACUUCGGUUCUGAUUUGAUUCGAAAUCUCCAAACUGGAUUCCUUACGACAGCAUUGCACGACAACAGCUUGUUAUACGAGAGUGCAUCAGCAGAUUUGGGGCAAGAUGUGGUGCUCAACAGUUCAAUUCUCGAAGUGGAUCGUAGUGGCAACGGAGUAAAAGUUGUCAUCAAAACACCAUCCGGAAUUACAUUGAUUAAAUCUCGCAAGUUGAUCUUUACAAUCCCACCAAAGGUGAAGAACCUCCAAGGGUGGGAUUUAGACAAUAGUGAAACUUCAUUAUUUAACCAAUUCUCAAACUCCGGGUACUACACAGCGAUUAUUCAGAACUCCGGGAUACCAGACAAUCUAAGUAUCGAGGAUGUUUCCCCAAACACACUAUACAACCUGCCACCACUGCCGGCCAUAUAUUCGCUAAGCCCUAGUGGAAUCCCUGGCUUGCUCUCGGUGAAGCUUGGAAGUGUCUCUGACUUGACAGAUGAGGAGGCCAAACAACAAAUCAUCUCAAGCGUAACAAAUCUUCAGCUCAACCGAACAGGACCAAACAACCCGGAGCUUGCCGUGUACUCAAGCCAUACGCCUUUCGAAUUAACCGUCCCGCCAAGUGCCGUUGCAGGGGGUUUUUACAAGAGCCUCUAUUCAUUGCAAGGAGAACGGCACACUUGGUACUUGGGAGCAGCCUUCCACACACAUGACUCAUCGCUGUUAUGGCAGUUCACUGAAGCACUGCUGCCUAACAUCACUGCGUUUUGA